UGGUGGACAACGGCAAACGUCUGAAGUGGAAGAAGAAGAAGUAGUAUGUCGCGCCCCCUGGGUUUCCUGCCUUUGGGCUACGUGCCACUUCUUCUUCUUGGCACGCACUCACUUGCUGUCGUGGCCGCAAUCGCAGUGGAACACCGAAGCUUGGAACACCCGGGGAAGAAGGAUGACGCCUCAUCCCAAGAAAACGGAGAAAACGGCUAUCAAUAUGGAAGCCCUCCGCAGCUGAGUCAGGCUGACAAGACAAGAUCACCCAAGAAACGACGGUCGAAGAAAGGUGCCAGAUCUUGCAGUAGCCCCGUCAGUCCAGAUCUGCUGACGCCAAUCAGCUUCGAACACAGCACUUCGCCAUUGGACCCCAGCAGACCGCAAGGGAGAUCCGCUGCCAACCCAACCACCGGCUCUUCGUGGCGCAGGGUGUCGCUUAUUCUAGCCGCUGUCCUGCUCAUCGCAGUCGUGGCGUCCAUCGUGUGUGUGCUUGUGUAUCGGGAAUACAUGCGCCGAAUCGCCCUGUCCACAAAGAAGCAAAUUCCAUGCACGAGCGAGGGAUGCAUCAAGGCCACGGCUGCUUAUGAACGGAUGAUAGACACGAGCUUCGCGCCGUGCAGGGAGUUCUACAACUACUCUUGCGGUGGCUGGCAGAGCAGGGCUCGAGACAAGCCCAAGGACUGGUCGUACGCGGACGAGAUUAACGUGGACGUCAGAAGUUUCGCCCACACGGACCUGUACAUGCGGCAGGUUGGGGAUAAAGAGGUGGACCCUUUCUAUGGUAUCGUCACUUUCUACCGAUCCUGCUACGACUUCCGAAGGGAGACUGAUGACUGGUCGAAACUGGCAAUCAGGAGUGUCGAGGCACUCGAAUUAUCCCCGGUACAAUGGCUACGAGAGGAUCUGGAAAGUGAAUUCUUCGCCUACAUGGUCCGCCUCAGCCUUGAGAAAGGCAUCCCUACCAUCUAUGACUUUUCCGUCGCGCUACCGCAGCCAGAUACGCCCACUACCGUGCCAGGUGUGAAAGGUUAUCGAAUCGUUCAACUGGACGCAGGACCUUCCUUGAUUCAGCUGCUCUCCCCAAAAACUGCUCGGCGAGACAUCGGAGCGGAUGACCCCGAAUUGAAGAAAUACAUUCGGGCGACGUUGACGUCGCUGGGGGACGAAACGGCGCAGGGCUUCGUCGUGGCCGUGGAAAAAUUUGAAGCGGCGUUCCAUUCGCUGUCGAGGAUAGCGGUUGGCGAGGAAACGAGGGUCACCGACUUCGAUAUCCUUCCCACGAUUCCCAACAAGCUGGCCACUGGGGACUGGAAGAAUGCCAUUGAAAAGACUCUGCCCGGCCGCCAACGCACCUUGGUGAGCACGGCAAACCUUGCGACCGUGGCGAACGCGACGAGCCUGUUCUUUGGUGCGAAACUCGAAGUGCGCGUCUAUUAUGUCUGCAUCUCGGCCAUGACGAACAUGUUACGCUUUCACGUCCAAUUGCACGAAAAGUCCGGGGAGGAGCACCAAGCUAAAUGUAUCGCCCUGGUGAUGAAGUACUUCACGAGCGACGCUAUCAGUCUGCUGAGCCUGAAACACGUUACACCAAAUCUACGAGCUAAUCUUCUCGCAUUUGUGGAUGCAAUUCGGCAGAGGAUGCUGGACAACUUGCACCGUGAAACGUGGAUGAAUCCAUCUUCCGUCGGCCUUGCGCGAGGAUUUCUGCAGAGCUUGAAGGUGGUCGUUCCGGACACGGGCACUCCCAUAGUCCGCGCGGAUGUGGCGACAAUGACGAGAGAUUUUCUAAAGAACUACGUGAGCAUGACGCAGCAGUGGAAAACCAGCGCCAAUAUGUUCCCCAAACUAAUCGGCUGGAUCCUCCUGAAUCAGCUACUUCCUUCAGUAAUAGUCCCUCCGCGUCGUGAGGCCAAGGUGGUCAUCACCAAUGCGAUUAUGUGGGAGCCAUGGUUCUACAAUCAAGAGCGAGAUGAGUACAUCAACUACGCAACACUAGGCGCAAGAGUGGCCGCUGAAUUAUACUACGCAAUUCUCCAUAGAAUCACUCUCCGAUCAGAGGACAUGAGCUAUGCGAAUCUCCUGAUAUGCAUCCAAGGACAGGUGAAGCAGUUGUACCCGACGCUCGACAACGCGCAGACGGUGGGUGCGUACGGCGCGUCCCGCGCAUUGGCUCUCGUUCUGGACAUGGUCUCUCCCCUGCCGGACGAGCAGGCCCAGAAAUUGUUCUUCGGCCGAUUUUGCCAGCAGUUUUGCGUCGUGCAAUCUGUUGUGCGAAGGAUAGGUACCAUGGACAUAGACCCGCAGGAGCUCUGCGAAUUCGCCGUCUACCAGCAGCAGUUGUCGUCAAGCACAUUUCACUGUGAGGAAACGGUUGGCAGGAAACAGUGCGAGAUAGCCAACGCUACGCAGUAAUGCAAUGACACACAAUACAAUGUUUGUUCUUCUU